UCUCUUCUCCGCCAUCCUAUGUGCGGUUGAGUUCUGUCCGCACCAUGUCUUCUCACAAGACUUUCAGGAUCAAGCGAUUCCUGGCCAAGAAGCAAAAGCAGAAUCGUCCCAUUCCUCAAUGGAUUCGAAUGAAAACUGGCAAUAAAAUUAGGUACAACUCCAAGAGAAGACAUUGGAGAAGAACCAAGCUGGGUCUAUUAAGAAGCGUCACAUAAAAAGUGCCACACAUGUUAAGAUCACUUAUUUAAGCAGCCGUAUCACAGUGAGAACAUCACUACUGUAAUGCUUGGCUCCUGAUGUUUCUUAUUUCCUCACUAUCAGUCUGAGACCAGUAAUAAAUAUGAUACGUUACGUUGGAAAAAAAAAAAAAGCUACUUUAUAAACAAUAUAUUAUGUCUACAUCCCUGAAAUAUGGUAGUUCAUUAAUUAUAGUUUUGUGAACUUAGGACAGUUAAAUACAAAUUAAAAAGGUACAU